AUGGAGAAAUCUGUGCAAGGAGUGGGCAGAAUUACCAGAGACUUCCGCUUUCAAAUUAGCAUUGAUUUGACCCCUGACAUAGUUGACCCUGAUAUAGAUGACCCCGACAUAGAUGACCCCGACAUAGAUAACCCUGACAUAGAUGACCCCAGAAACCAGGAAAUUUCAACAGUCAAUUCCUUAUGCAACGCUUCUAUACACUCGGUGAGAGUAGCUGAAGAGCUAAUGUCCCCAAUGGCAGAUAAAAUUUCAUCUGUUAAAGCUGGCCAUUUGUUUGCGAUAGUACCCCGACAAACAGAAGAAACCAUAGAGAUAACUGCCCUGUCUUUCCCAGCAGUAGUACCAACAUCCCUCUCCUUGGCAGAACUUCUGGUAGCCAUUUUAGUUUUAGCGCCUAAUUGCGGCAGUCGACGCGGUCCAAAAAGUCGAAACCAAAAAAUUUAA